UUAUUACAUAGAACAAUUUAAUCUGGAUCAUUGUCAUUUUCGAUUAUUUUUGUUUCCUUUCUUUCAGAUUUAGUUAUUUACCAAUGCCACAACAGCGAAACGUUCGAACUACGAAUAACUCAGAAAUUGCAAUAAAGCCGGCGAGUCACACAACUGAACGGCAUUCAACCUAUUGUCAGAUGUCUCACCCAGAUCGAAACACGUCGACUUAUCAUACACCACCUAGUCAUCGGGCAACAGUGGCACAGUCAGCAAAGAUUUAUCGUGAACCGUCUGAAUUUGAAACUUGGCGCACCAAGAUCGACAAGAAAACCGAAGAUGAUAAUGCAGCUGAAGAGUCGACGGUGGAUGUUCAUCCUUCAUCAACCUCAACGCCGAGGCAUCAGCAUGGAGUAACAUUUUUGGCUUGCAGUUCAGGUUUGGAAGACCCCGAAAUCGGUUGCCGAUCAGAUGAUAUUGGAGGGGCCAAGCCUAAGCGAUCGCUCAAGUUUCUUUCCAAUGGAAACCACCCCCAUGCAUCGCAAGUUCCGAGUUUUUUCACCAUGGCUAAACCAAGUAAAGAAGUUGUUGCAUCCCUUGCAGCCAUCUUCAACGACAAAGCCGCCAGCAACAGAACCCCCUCAGUUCCCCAACGAAAAUCGACUUAUACACCUGAAAAGUUAAAACGUGACUGAAGCUCAUGUUCAUCGGUAAAAUCAUUCUAUCGAAUAUUCACUCCAUAUCAAUAACUUGAGUUAUUCGUAUCAUAAUCUAAAAGUUGGUUUUCCGCAUGUCUAUUUCAUCAAUGUAAUUGAACUCAGAAAUUUCGCGACAUUUGUUUAGUUCACAGAUACUCAUUUUCUGUUGUGUUCUUGCUAUCGUCUAACUUUACUUGAACUUUCUAAAGACGUGCUUUGACCAUCCAUUGAAAUUCUACAAGUUUUUGUAUCGAAAUUAUUUUAGAACUAAUUAAUAAACAAACAGUAUAACAUAA